AUGUUUUUCAAUCAAAUUCUAUCAGAAAUGGCAUUGAAAUAUUUCGGUGAAAAUAUAGAAGCAGAAACAUUUACAAAGCAUCCGAUUUUAUUUGGUGAUUUUCUAAGACCUGGUAUUCCACGAUCUGAACGAUUAUAUGAAGAAAUAAAUGAUAUGGAUAAACUGAAAUCAUUGUUAAUGGAUUACUUGGAUGAUUACAAUAUGACAAUGUCAAAGGAUGUGAAACUUGUCUUCUUUGUCGAUGCUAUUGAACAUGUUUGUCGUAUUGCUCGAAUAAUUAGACAAGAUAGAGGAAAUGCUUUAUUAGUUGGUGUCGGUGGUACUGGAAAACAAUCAUUAACUAGAUUAGCAGCACAUAUCAAUGAUUAUCAAUGUUAUCAAAUUGAAUUAUGUCGUGGUUAUGAUUAUGUAUCCUUUCAUGAAGAUCUAAAAAAACUUUAUCAUAUAGCUGGUAUAGAUAAUAAACCAACUGUAUUCUUAAUAACAGAUAAUCAAAUUAUUAUAGAAGAAUUCCUUGAAGAUAUUAAUAAUAUAUUAAAUUCUGGUGAAAUAACAAAUCUAUUUGAUAAUGAUGAAUAUGAACAUAUUAUUAAUGAUUGUCGUAUAGCAGCUAAAGAAUAUGGUAUCAUUGAAGGAAAUCGUAAUGGAAUUUAUGAAUUUUUUAUUAAUCGUAUUAAAAAUAAUUUACAUAUUGUAUUAUGUAUGUCACCAAUUGGUAUUAAUUUUCGUAUAAGAUGUAGAAUGUUUCCAUCAUUAAUUAAUUGUUGUAUUAUUGAUUGGUUUAUUGAAUGGCCUAAAGAAGCAUUAUAUAAUGUUGCUAUGUAUACAUUUUCACAAGAGGAUUUUGGUUCAAAUGAACUUAAAGAAUCUAUAUCAAAAUUAUCUACCGAUAUUCAUUUAAGUGUUUCAGAAGCAGCUGUACGUUUUUAUAAUGAAUUAAAACGUCAUUAUUAUACUACACCGACAAGUUAUUUAGAAUUGCUUGGAUUAUAUAUGACAAUGUUGAAUAAAAAAACAAAAGAAUUAACUGAUGGACGUGAUAAAUUUCGUAAUGGUUUAAAUAAAAUAUUAGAAACUAAUGAUUUAAUUGCUAAAAUGGAAACGGAACUAACAGCAUUACGUCCAACACUUGAAGCAAAACAACGUGAUACAGAAAAAUUGAUGAUAAAAUUAAGUGAAGAUCAAGAACAGGCUGAUAUUGUUCGUAGUCGAGUUAAAGAAGAUGAAAUGUUGGCUAAACAAAAAGCAGCUGAAAAUCAAAUUAUAGCUGAUGAUGCACAACGUGAUUUAGAUGAAGCAAUACCAGCAUUGGAAGCAGCUAAUAAAGCACUUGAUUCAUUAGAUAAAAAUGAUAUAUCUGAAAUUCGUGUAUUCACUAAACCACCACAAUUAGUACAAACUGUUAUGGAAGCUGUUUGUAUUAUGCUUGGACAAAAAGGUGAUUGGGCAACAGCUAAAAUUGUAUUAAAUGAUUCAAAUUUUUUAAGAAAAUUAGUUGAAUAUCCAAAAGAUGAUAUAACUGAUGGACAAUUGAAAAAAUUAAAAAAAUUUAUUGAUAAUCCUGAAUUUAUACCAGAAAUUGUUGAAAAAACAAGUAAAGCUUGUAAAUCAAUGUGUAUGUGGGUUAGAGCAUUGAAUUUAUACGCGCAUAUAUUUCGUACUGUGGAACCAAAAAGGAAACGAAAUAGAAUAUUGAAAUUAUUAUUUGAAUCUGAAGGUAAUAUAUUAGAUAAUGAAGAUUUAAUUAAUACAUUAAAUGAAUCUAAAAUAAAAUCAAGUGAAAUCACAAAACGUUUAACUGAAGCAACAUUAACAGAACAAAAAAUUACAAUAGCACGUUCAAAAUAUUUACCAAUUGCUACACGUGGUUCUGUUAUGUAUUUUGUAAUAACAUCUAUGGCUGAAAUUGAUUCAAUGUAUCAAUUUUCAUUGAAAUAUUUCAAAAAUUUAUUCAAUACAACGAUACAAAAUUGUCCAAAUGUCACUACAUUAGAUGAACGUAUACAAAUUUUAAUAGAUUCUAUUACUAUAGCAACAUAUAAUAAUAUUUCACGUGGUUUAUUUGAACGUGAUAAAUUAAUCUUUCAUUUAUGUAUACCUAAUAAUAAUAUCAUAAUUAAUACUAAACAACAAUUAGAACAACCAAUUCAUACAAAAAAUUGGUUAAAUAUAAAACAAUGGAAACGUAUUAUUGAUUUAUCACAAUAUUUUCCUGAACAAUUUCAUACAUUACCUAAUGAUAUUUGUAAUUAUUCAAUUAUUAUUGAUUUUAAUCCAAUAAUGAAACAGUUACCAAGGGAACAAGAAGAAAACAAAGAAGAAGAAUUAGGUAUUUAUAGAUUAACUCCUAAAGAUUAUAAAAAUACAUUACCACUUAGUAACUAUAAUGAAAAAUUAACAUCAUUUCAAAAAUUAUUACUGAUUUCAACAUUCUAUGAAGAUCAAACCAUUAAAGUAAUAAGAGAUUUUAUAUAUUAUAAUCUUGGUAAAGAAUUUAUUGAAACCCCAUCAUGUCAUUUAUCAAUAUUAUAUAAAGAAAUGGAUUCAAUGACACCAUUAAUAUUUAUAUUAUCAAAUGGUUCAGAUCCAAUGAAUCAAUUUCAAAAAUUUAUUAAAGAAUUUAAUUAUAUAGAACGUGUACAUAUUGUAUCAUUAGGACAAGGACAAGGUCCGAAAGCAGAGAAAUUAAUUCAUGAAGCAUGUAAAUUAGGUGAUUGGGUAUUUUUACAGAAUUGUCAUUUAGCUGCUUCAUGGAUGAUUCGAUUAGAAGAAAUAGUGAAACAACUUGCUGAAAAUCCUAAAUCAACACAUACAGAUUUUCGUUUAUAUUUAAGUUCAAUGCCAUCAAAAUCAUUUCCAAUAUCUGUAUUACAAAAUUCAGUAAAAGUAACUAAUGAACCACCAAAAGGAUUAAAAGCAAAUCUUAUUCGAGCAUUGAAUGAUAUAUCAAUGGAAUCAUUUAAUACACAUGUGUUAAGAAAUGAUUGGCGUAAAUUAGUAUUUGGCAUUUGUUUCUUUCAUUCAAUUAUAUUGGAAAGAAAAAAAUUUGGACCACUUGGAUGGAAUAUUAAUUAUGAUUUUAAUGAUUCGGAUCGUGAAUGUGCAUUAUUAAAUUUAGAAAUGUUCUGUCAUGAAUCUUAUAUACCAUGGGAUGCUUUAACGUAUAUUACAGCUGAAAUUACAUAUGGUGGACGUGUCACUGAUUUCUGGGAUCAAAGAUGUUUACGUACAAUACUUCAACGUUUCUUUCAUCCAUCUACAUUAAAAUCAGAUUAUGUUUAUUCAUCAUCUGAAUAUAUGGAAUAUGUAUCUAAUCUUCCAUUUAGUUCAGGACCUGAAUUAUUUGGUAUGAAUGAAAAUGCUAAUUUAGUAUAUCAGCUUCAAGAAACAAAUAAUCUAUUAUCUGUUAUUCUUAAUGUUCAACCACGUACAAAUACAAUGAGUACAGGGAAAACAAAUGAUGAUAUGGUUUAUGAACAAGCUGAUUCAAUAUUGAAAAAAUUACCAGAAAAAAUUAAUAUUGAAGAUGCACGUCCAGACUUAUUUGAUACGGAUAGUAAAGGUCGGAUAGAUUCAUUGACUACUGUACUUACUCAAGAAAUUGAUCGAUUUAAUAAAUUAUUAAAAAUUAUCAAGAAUUCUUUGAAACAACUUCAAAAAGCAAUUAAAGGUUUUAUUGUUAUGUCAGAAGAUUUGGAAGGUGUAUACACGGCAUUUUUACAAAAUUCUGUACCAGAAAUUUGGUCAUCUAAAUCAUAUCCAAGUUUAAAACCAUUAGGUAGUUGGAUAAAAGAUUUAGUACUACGUUGUGAUUUUAUUAACACAUGGAUGAUUAGAGGAAAACCUCUUUCAUUUUGGAUAUCUGGAUUCUUUUUUCCUCAAGGUUUUCUAACUGGAAUUUUACAAAAUUAUGCACGAAAAUACAACUAUCCAAUUGAUCAUUUAACAUUUCAUUUCAAUGUUUUACCAUAUUAUCGUAAUCAAGAAGAAAUUUCUAUAGCUAUAUCAAAACUUCGUUUAGGUGAAAUAUUAGAAGUUGAUAAAAUGAUAGAUAAACCAAAAGAUGGUGUACUUGUGCAUGGAUUAUUUAUGGAUGGUUUCAGAUGGGAUGAUAAAACAAUGCAAAUAACUGAUUCUAUAUUAGGUGAAAUGUUAUCUAUUAUGCCAAUAAUACAUAUGAAACCAGAAAUGGAUUAUAUACCAGAUUCAAAUGAUUAUAUUGCACCAUUAUAUAAAACUGCAGCCAGAGCUGGUGUAUUAUCAACAACAGGUAUGUCAACAAAUUUCAUAGUCGCUGUUCCAUUGAAAACAAAUAAGCCUCAAGCGUAUUGGAUUGAGAUGGGUGCAAGUUUACUAUGUGAAUGUGUAAAUCCCUAA